UAUUUAUAUCAUUCAGCCGGGCCAACCAAAGACCCCCUCUCUCCCCCUUUAUUUUUUGCUUCUGGAUCUCUCUCUCUCAUUUGCUUGUUAAUUCGUUUUGGGAAUGUUCUGGAAAUUCUAAAAUAAGGGAUUAAGCUUCCCGAAACCUCUAGAAGAGAAGGAGGAGGAAUAAGUGAGGUAUAACAAAAGGAAACGUUAGGCCAAACAGUUACUAGAGGACAAGCAGACCAACAUGGCGCUCCUAUGCUACAACAAAGGUUGCGGAGAGAAGUUUGAUGCAGAGAAGAACAAAGAUGAUGCCUGUCUACAUCAUCCAGGUGUUCCCAUCUUCCAUGAUGCCCUCAAGGGUUGGUCUUGUUGUAAGAAGAGAACCACAGACUUCUCUGAGUUUCUCGCUAUUAAGGGCUGUACCCGUGGACGUCAUAGCAACGAAAAGCCCCAGGAGCCUUUGCAGCCGGCUGUAACAACAGACAAGAACGGUGUAAAAAGCAACCGGGAAGAAAUAAUUUACCAGGGGCCCAAAUCUGCUGAGGCAAUGCAGAAAGAGAGACCAAGUUCAGACGAGGAGAAGACCAAGCUGGAACUGAAGGUGUCCCCCUCUCUGAUCCAGAUCCUGGAGAAGCUAGACAUCACCAGCAAGGAAGAACUGAAGAAGAAAGAGAGUGCAGUUGUCAUGCAGGGAACGCGAUGCAAGAACACAGGAUGCAAAAUACAAUACCAGGGGCCAGAGACCAACCUGGAGACAUGUAGGCAUCAUCCUGGAGCCCCAGUCUUCCAUGAAGGGUAUAAGUACUGGAGCUGCUGUUGUGUGAAAACAACAGACUUCAAUGCUUUCCUGGACCAGAAGGGUUGUACUGAAGGCAAACAUCGCUGGGUCCAAAAAUUGAACAACAAAAAAGUAGCGUGUAGGCACGACUGGUACCAGACAGCCAGCAAGGUUUUCGUGACCAUCUAUGCCAAGAACUCCAUACCCGAACUGUCCUACGUUGAGGCUAACCGCACUGUGCUGACCUGCCACAUCCAGUUUGAAGACAACAAGAUUUUCCAUAAGGACUUCCAUCUGUGGGGAGUAGCGGAUGUAGCUAACAGUGUGGUCAACAUGGUGCCUACUAAAGUGGAGGUGUCACUGCACAAGUCAGAUGCUGUGGCCUGGGGAAAACUAGAGGACCCCAAGUUCAAACCUGAAGCAGAACCCCAAGAAGAGGACCUUGAUUACACUGAUGAGGCCGACGACCCCAGUCAGUGGGACAGGGACAUAGAUGAUGAUGACAUCAGUGACUCGGACGAGGAGUGGGAGAAAGCGCAGGUUGUCCAGAACCCUCCAGUGGAUGAGGAUAUGCCUGUGUUGGAAACAUAAAUUUGAUUGGUUGUCCUUUUCUGUUAAGGGGACUGUCUGAUGGGCAGUGACAUUGUUGAUUUCUUAAGUCAAGGGAAAUGUUUUGGCUGGAAGAUUCAUGUAUUUUUGGUUAAUGUAGCAGAUACAAAUCUCAGUAAUUUAAGAUUAGUUUUCUUCUUUUCCCUUCCAGUAAUGGUGUCCAUAUUGGGACACUGUCAGGCAUCAGACCUUUUAUUUGGGUUAGAAUAAAUGUGCCAAUAUGGCCACUGCACUCUGGUUUCAUUGUAUUGAAAUAAAGGCCUAUUGUUUUGAAUA